AGAUAAUGUUAAGAGACCUUCACAGUGACCUUUCACAGAGGCAUUAUCUUUGUGUCCGAGACCAGAAAGUCAAAAACCAAAGUAAGAGCGGACGGUAAAGAUGGUCCGAUUAUCACUUUUCCUUUUUGCUGCUGUAGCAGUCGGUGCAGCUGCAGCUUCCUUGAGGAGGGUAUGUUACUACACGAACUGGGCACAGUACAGGAACGGUGUAGGCAAGUUUUACCCGGAGAAUGUGGACCCGAGUUUAUGCACGCAUGUUAUCUACGCCUUCGCCAAGAUGGUAGGUAAUCACUUGGCAGCGUUUGAAUGGAAUGACGAGUCUACACCGUGGAUGAAAGGAAUGUACGAGAGAUUCCAUGACAUCAAGAAAUCAAACCCAUCAGUAAAAUUACUCCUUGCUGUCGGAGGCUGGAACAUGGGUUCGUCUCCAUUUACACGUAUGGCCGCCUCCGACGCUAGCCGCCGGGAAUUUGCAACUACAACGGUUGCUUUCUUGAGGAAACACAAAUUUGACGGCAUCGAUAUGGACUGGGAAUACCCAGCUAACAGGGGCAGUCCGCCUGGCGACAAACACAAAUUCACAUUGGUUAUACAGGCAUUACAUGACGAGUUUGCGAAGGAGAAUGUCCCUGCCGGGCUCGACCGACUUAUGAUUACUGCCGCCGUCGCCGCUGGAAAAGACAAAAUUGACACUGCGUACGAAGUUCCAGAAAUUUCGAGGUUACUUAAUUUCAUCAAUUUGAUGAGCUACGACUUGCACGGCUCCUGGGAGGAUCAUACCGGCCAUAACUCGCCACUGUAUUCUAGAAGCAGCGAGACUGGUAACGACUCAUAUUUAAAUGUGGACUGGGCAGCACAAUACUGGGUACAGAAAGGUGCUCCGAGGGAAAAGUUAAACGUAGGUAUGGGUCUGUACGGAAGAACGUUCAAACUGCCAUACAGCCACACUAGCGAUGUUAUUGGUUGUCCUGCCGCCGGCGCCGGUGCUGCUGGCACACAUACAAGGGAAGCAGGAUUCAUGGCCUACUAUGAGAUUUGUGAGAAACUAAGCCAAGGUGCCACUAGAAGGUAUGAGCCAGAACAAAAAGUGCCAUACAUGGUGCAGAAUGACCUUUGGGUCGGCUACGACGAUCCCGACAGUUUGAGGUUAAAGGUCGAUUACGUCAAGCAAGAACACUUCGGUGGUAUAAUGGUUUGGGCUUUAGACUUGGACGAUUUCAGUGGAAUGUGUGGACAAGGAAAAUAUCCUCUCAUGAAAGCUAUUGUCAACGAACUCCAGUCUUCCACUGGCUCAGUCAAUCCCGUUCAACCCACACAACCCACACAGGCUCCAAUGACCACAACAGCACAACGCAUAACAACACGUGCUCCAGUGUACACCAAUCCCCCAGUCACUACAAGGGCACCGAUCGUUACAACACAAGCACCAGAUCCGACAACAAAAGCCCCGGUGACGACAACUACAACUGCUGCCGCUACUACUGCCAAAACCACAACACAAGCUGCUCCUAUAACCACGCAAGCACCAGGUUCCAACAGCAACAUGCAUCAGCUGACACAGGUUUCCAGUAAUGAAUUCAACUGUGCUGUACGAUCCGACGGAUAUUACCCUAGUCCAACAUCCUGCUCACAUUACUACGUUUGUGCUGCCGGCAUGGCGUUCAGAACAGAUUGUCACCCUGGUCUACUGUUCAACACAGCAACUCUCUACUGCGACUUCCCUGAUCAUGUCACAUGUACAGCUAGCAAUAAUGCAGCACAAACAACGACAACUAAACGUGCAGCUGUAGCAACACAUGCUCCCGUGAUAACACAGGCACCCGUGACUCAGGCACCGUUUACAACAAGAGCGCCAGUACCAACAACCACACAGGCAAUGCACACCACUAAACAGUACCAAACUAACGUGAAACCUGCUGACUUCUGUAAAGGAAAGUCUGAUGGUUUUUACAAGGAUCCUGCAGACUGCGGUCAUUUCUACCAAUGUUCCUUUGAGGUGUCUUACCACGAACCAUGUCCCUCCGGUACCUACUUCAGUACCGCACUCCAGGGCUGCGACUGGGCCGCAAACGUACAUGACUGUCCAAUGGUCCGAUUAUCACUGUUCCUGGUAGCCGUUUUAGCAUUCGGUGCCGCUACAGCUUCCUUGAGGAGGGUAUGCUACUACACGAACUGGGCGCAGUACAGGAACGGUGCUGGCAAGUUCUUCCCGGAGAAUGUGGACCCGAGUUUAUGCACGCACAUUACCUACGCCUUCGCCAAGAUGGUAGGUAAUCACUUGGCAGCGUUUGAAUGGAAUGACGAGUCUACAUCGUGGAUGAAAGGAAUGUACGAGAGAUUCCAUGAAAUCAAGAAAUCAAACCCAUCAGUAAAAUUACUGCUUGCCGUCGGAGGAUGGAACAUGGGUUCGUCUCCAUUCACACAUAUGGCCGCUACCGACGCAAGCCGCCGGGAAUUUGCAACUACAACAGUGACUUUCUUGAGGAAACAUAAAUUCGAUGGACUCGAUAUGGAUUGGGAAUACCCAGCGAACAGGGGCAGUCCACCCGAGGACAAACACAGAUUCACACUUGUUUUACAGGCUUUACACGACGAGUUUGCGAAGGAGAGUGUCCCUGCCGGGCUGGAACGACUUAUGAUAACUGCCGCCGUCGCCGCCGGAAAAGAAAAAAUUGACACUGCGUAUGAAAUUCCAGAAAUUUCAAGGUUACUUGAUUUCAUCAAUUUGAUGACCUACGACUUGCACGGCUCCUGGGAGGAUCAUACCGGCCAUAAUUCACCACUGUAUUCUAGAAGCAGCGAGACUGGUAACGAAACUUACUUGAACGUGGACUGGGCAGCACAGUACUGGGUACAGAAAGGUGCCCCAAGGGAUAUGUUAAACAUAGGUCUUGGUUUGUACGGGAGAACGUUCCAAUUACCUUGGAGUCACACUAACGAUGACAUUGGUUGUCCUGCCAAAGGCGCUGGGGCUGCUGGCUUAUAUACAAGGGAAGCAGGAUUCAUGGCCUACUACGAGAUUUGUGAAAAACUUAAAAAAGGGGCUACUAAAAAGUAUGAGCCAGAACAGAAAGUGCCAUACAUGGUGCAAAGUGACCUUUGGGUUGGAUACGACGAUCCCGACAGUUUGCGGCUAAAGGUUGAUUAUGUCAAGCAAGAAGGCUUCGGUGGUAUAAUGGUUUGGGCUUUAGACUUGGACGAUUUCAGUGGAAUGUGCGGAGAAGGAAAAUAUCCUCUCAUGAAGGCUAUUGUCAACGAACUAGAGACUCCCUCGGUCGAACACUAUUUUCUGAACACACGAGAAGGUGGUUUUCUCGCAUAUUACGAAGUGUGUGACAUGAUGAAAAAAGGCGGACAAUCAUAUUACAUAAAGGAACAGGAGUCGCCUUAUGUUGUCUUGAAGGAUCAGUGGGUCGGUUACGAUGACGUCGACAGCCUUAGAAUAAAGGUCCAGUGGAUGAAGAAAAAUGGAUUCUCUGGUGUGAUGGUCUGGGCGCUGGAUCUUGACGACUUCAAAGGAAAUACCUGCGGACAGGGACGAUAUCCUUUGAUGAACGCGAUUAAUCAGGAACUUAUGGGAACUAUUGUUGUGCCGCCGAAAACUCGACCAAACAGAGUGAACGCCGACAUGUCACAACAGCAAACAAAAAAUCCCCAUAACAACUGGAACAACAAUCCAAACGCAUGGGAACAACAACAGCAACAUCAGCUGCCAGCUAACAGCUGGGACCAGCCACAGAUCACCAACAAUGUUGUGACACAACCACCAACAACUCCACCACCAAAUCUUCCUCAUUUGACAAAUGAGUUCAAGUGCCCACCAAAUGAAAAUACUUACUUCCCAAGUCCGAAAGCAUGCGAUGAUUACUUUAUCUGUGCAAGUGGUUUGUCGUUCAAGUUUACAUGUGCCCCACCACUAAAAUGGAAUUCUGUAAACAAUUUCUGUGAUUGGCCUGAAAAUGUUAAGUGUAACAAAAAGCCAGUGAAGACGAGACCAGCGCCUGUUCCUACCACAAUAAACCCGUCAACAUGGGUACCAACUACAAAGAUACCGACAACCAGAAGACCAGUAACAAGACGACCAACAACCAGACGGCAAACAAGACCACCAACAACCAGGCGGCCAACAAGACCACCAACUACGCAACCCCCGCCUUCACCAACCACACAAUCCACUUUUGCUCAGCCCACACCACCAUGGCUGGACUGGUCCGCGUGGAUUGGGGAAUUCUGGAAAGCUCUUACAUCAAUGACUGGCGGACAAAGUGACUGGAUGAAACAAACAUUGCAAUCUGCAGCCAGCCAAGCAACUUCACAAAUGAUUGGACAUACUCCAAAAAGUGGUGCUCCCCCCAAGAAGUUUUGUGACGGUAAAAACGAUGGUAUUCACCCAGACCCGACAGACUGUAGCAAAUAUAUAGACUGUGUACAAGGAAGAGACUAUCAAGGUUCCUGCCCUGGCGGUACAUCGUUUGAUGCAGCGAAAAAGUUAUGUGAUUUUACACAUAAAGUCAGUGGAUGUGGCAGUCAGCCUGCCCCUACUCCUGGCCCUACUUGGUAAACCAUAACCCUUAAGACAGAGAACAGCAUCUUCUCUUCGAUGUUUGCCUUUAACAGUCCGUUGACUAGGCUAGACACAACAUUUCGAAAUAUAAAUGUUUGAGAUGACUGCUUUAACGUCCAUACAUGUGGAUAUAAAUUAUGCAUAUCAUCAUGAUAAGCCCAGUCACAUCACCUUGUAUAUGAAAUAUCAUGUUAAGUGUUGCGCUUCUUUUUUGGCGCCAAAUGAAUACAUUAACACCGAAAACUCAGACUGCUUUGCGGUAUUUUUUGCUCAAGGACGUAUCAUAUAUCGAUAUUAUAAAGACUAGCCUGCAUUCCUCAAUAGCAAAAUUAUCUCAGUUUUGAACCUUCUACAUGAUAAGUCAUGUUACCAUACUAAGACUUGUCAUGUUUGUUUGCAAUAAUUCCAAUCUUUGUAACUAUGAAGAAUUUUAAAACCACGUUGUUUUCUAGAGAUAAGCACUCAUUCAUAUUGAUUAAACCGUGUAAAUAAUUUAUUGCUGGAUAAUGUAACGGGUAGGAAGAAUAUUAUUUGCCUUUUUACCAGUGAAUGUAAAGAUACUGUCCAAAUAUAUACAUGUAGAUCUACCGUAUCUAUUUAGGUCUGUGUAUUGUAUAUGUAUAAUAUGCUUCUGUUAAACAGUCCUAAGAAAGGAACGUCAUCAUCAAAACUACAAACACUUCUACUGUAUGUCUCAAAGAACGUUUAUGUCGUGUAUGCUUUAUAACUUACGUUUAUAUCUGUGAAAUUUGUGUGGCAAGGAAUGUGUCACUGUUAUGUCUCCAGAAAUAUAUGAUUUGUUAGAAUUAUUUAUGCUGCUAUCGAGAUAAAAAAAAAUGUUGAUAAAUUUUCAUGUUACUACGUUAUUUCUAUGCAGGUAAAACAUAGCACCAUUUUGUAAGGAA